GCCGUGUGCGACAUGUGCCAUAGAUUCCGCCCGUUUCUGUCUGCCAGCAUAACCCAUUUUGAUCUUGCCUUCGUCAUGAUUGCCGACACCCGCACCAUCGUCGCGUGCUACUUCCAUGCGCUGAAACGCGUGCUUCCCCAUGACUCUCACUUGAAGCAGCUUGAGCAACUGCUCGUGGACGAAAAGAUGACAGACAAACCUUCGUCCGAAUCAAUCUUGUUCAGUGGAACCCGCCUUCGAUGCGAAGAAUUAGAGGCGAAAUUGGAUGCCCUCAUGACCAAAGUACGUGCCCAAUGCGAUCACGUUCGAUGCCACCUCAUGUGAAUUGCAAAUAGCUCAUGGGAAAGACCUUUCACUUUCGUGACGACGUGUUUGACGCCAUGAGCGAAGUCCGCCAGCACGAGCAAUUUCUCUGCAGUUUGGAGGAGUACAUCGAAGCCGAUUUACCCGCGAAAGAACGAUUCCUCACUGUCAAUUGCGCACACAUGCGAACUUUGAUCGCAGUGAUGAUGAACUUCCUCAAGGCCCAAAUGCACGAGACAUUGGACGAAGCCGCCCAAACUGACGUUGUCCUUGGGCCGUAUCGUCGGCAUCUAACACAAGCCAAAAAGAUGCUACGAAAUCUUCACAGUGUCGUCGUUCAUCGUACAAAUGACGUGGAUUUGGAACUCGCCGCGUUGAACUCGGCCAUCGCACAAGCUCACGAACACAUCAGUUCGUUCGAUCCGACACUUUUCCACUUCGGACAAGAACACCUUGUCGAGGGUAUGCAGCGCAUAGUCGACGGGUGGAACAAGGUGAGCCGCGAAGUCCGUGCCAUAAAGCGAGUGCGGCUGGGUUUGAGUCCUGCCGUGAGUCCCGUGUCGGGUCGCCCAAACUCCACCGAUUCGUCGUAGCCCCGUCGAGAGCGUCCUAUUUAUUUUUCCCUGUGCUCUUUCCAUGUGCUUCUAUCCUGACUGUGAAUAUGAAUGUAAUGAAACGUUGCUGGGCGCAGUUCUCGCCUCUUCAAGCUAGUCCACGUCAUGGCAUUCA